AUGGAUAAAGACGGUUCCUCAAUGUUAGGUUCUAGGUCCAAUCUUACAAUGACUGAAAUGGAGCAAAGAUCAGAUGGUAUGUUGGUGUCAGGAUCGAGUCGGAAGUCGCCUGGAAGAGAGAGUGUAAAGUUACCUGCAUUGGAACAUGGUAAAGUAGGAACAGAGAGUGACAGAACUGUGUUUGUUACAGAGCGGAUCCAUAAUGCAAAAGAGACACCAACUUCUUCUCAACAAAGCGUAGAACAAGAGUCAGAACUAGCUUGGGAUAAUGCUUCUUCUCGUAUACCACAAUCUGACAUAGAUAAUAACGAAAAGGAACGCGAUUAUCAUUCAGAACUGUCUGACAACGAGAACGCAAGGGAUGUAUUCGAGGAGAGUGGAUUUGAAAGUACUGACAACGACCAUAUCGGUGACGUCACGGAGGAAGGCGCUGUUCAGUUGAGGAAUGAUGUCAGAACUUCUUCACCAAAGACCAAAAGGUGUUCGAGUACCCGGAUGUCUUCAGAUUCCUGCAGCGCUCUUGACCAAGAGGAGUUACUUCAAAUUGCAUAUGAAACCUAUGUUUCAGUGAGCAGCGAAAUCAAAAAGUUUCUUGUUAAGGUCAUUGCGGAUGCCAAGAAAUAUGAAAGUAGUCACCCAGCAGGUGUAGUAUCUCGACUAAGGCCUAUUAAUUCAAAGCUGCCACAAUUUUUAGAUGAAAAACGAGAAGGUAUCGGUAGAGAUGACACGUCAGUAUUACCAGCUAGAUACCUUAGAGGCAUUCAGUCCUCUUCAAGUCAACGGAGGAGUUCAAAGGAACGACAAAAGCGAUAUUAUGAAUCAACAACAAAGACUAUCAGAGGACAAGGGAGACAACGAUCAAAGAGUGAAGGUGAUACGGAGCUGAGGUAUAAAUACAGUUUAUAG